CUAAGCCUUGUGGGGAAACGAGACCACGUGAUCGGAUAAGCCGCGUUUUCCCUUUGAGCCGGAACAGGAUGACUGCGUUGACCGAUGAUGGGCAGCCAAACGGACCAAUCGGCUGCCUAGAACGAGACGUUGGUGUUUGAAAUCAGCCAAUGACAAGCAUACGCUGCGGUUCCCUCCCCUCCCCUUUCGCCCAUCCCGAGAGUUCUCCGAGGGACACAGGAAGGCGGCGGGGAGCAACGGAGACUGGUGGAGACGUUGCUUCCGAAAUCUGCUCAAGAUGACCGGCUCUAACGAGUUCAAGCUGAACCAGCCUCCCGAGGAUGGCAUCUCCUCGGUGAAGUUCAGCCCCAACACCUCCCAGUUCCUGCUGGUCUCCUCCUGGGACACGUCCGUGCGCCUGUAUGAUGUGCCAGCCAACUCCAUGCGGCUCAAGUACCAGCACACCGGCGCGGUCCUGGACUGCGCUUUCUACGAUCCAACACAUGCCUGGAGUGGAGGAUUAGAUCAUCAAUUGAAAAUGCAUGAUUUGAACACUGAUCAAGAAAAUCUAGUUGGAACCCAUGAUGCCCCCAUCAGAUGUGUUGAAUACUGUCCAGAAGUGAAUGUGAUGGUUACUGGAAGCUGGGAUCAGACAGUUAAAUUGUGGGAUCCCAGAACUCCUUGUAAUGCUGGAACCUUCUCUCAGCCUGAAAAGGUGUACACUCUCUCAGUGUCUGGAGACCGGCUGAUCGUGGGGACGGCGGGCCGCAGAGUGUUGGUCUGGGACUUACGGAACAUGGGCUAUGUGCAGCAGCGCCGAGAGUCCAGCCUCAAGUACCAGACCCGCUGCAUACGGGCCUUCCCAAACAAGCAGGGUUACGUGUUAAGCUCUAUUGAAGGGCGGGUGGCAGUUGAGUACUUGGACCCAAGCCCUGAGGUACAAAAGAAGAAGUAUGCCUUCAAAUGUCACAGACUCAAGGAAAAUAAUAUUGAGCAGAUUUACCCAGUCAAUGCCAUUUCCUUUCAUAACAUCCACAAUACGUUUGCCACAGGUGGUUCUGAUGGGUUUGUAAAUAUUUGGGAUCCCUUUAACAAAAAGCGGUUGUGCCAGUUCCAUCGGUAUCCUACUAGCAUCGCCUCACUUGCCUUCAGCAAUGACGGGACUACACUUGCAAUAGCAUCAUCAUAUAUGUAUGAAAUGGAUGACACUGAACAUCCUGAAGAUGGUAUCUUCAUUCGCCAAGUGACAGAUGCAGAAACAAAACCCAAGUCCACCUAGUCACCUCGUGAAAGUGAUUUCUCUGUGGAAUGCUGUUCGCUUCCAAUGAGCUUACCCCUAAGGGAUGCCUCACGGUCAUUGUGGACACGUUUUUUAGGAUGUGGUUUUCUGUUUUCUGUCUUACAAGAAACUGGUCAGUGUGCCAUUUAGUGCUUGUUGUGUGUAGGAUUAGGAGCCUGCGUGAUCUUGUGCAGUACUCGGAAGAACUUUGUGUCCCUACUCCCACCCACCCCCACCCCAGUAAGCCCAGUUGCUGUUUAUGAGUAGCUUGUGCUAUUUUUGUAUUAUAAUCUAAACCUCUUCUUUCUGUGCUGCCUAAUAAAUCAGAGAUUCAGAACCCUUAAAUAUUGGGUGUUUUUAAAUGUUGGUUAUUAAUGUAAUUUACUACUGAAAAAGGCUUUAUAAAGCAAAAUUCCCUUUAUCAAAGCAUGUUGGGGAUGGCAUUUUACCUUUAGAUCCACACUGCCUCAUUUAAUUAUGGCUACUUUGAUGUGCAUUGGGGAUUCAGUACUGGAUAAAGUGAUCUGUUGGAGUUCUGCUAUUUCCCUCAUGCCCCUUUGCUGGACCAGCAGGGCCCUCAAGCUAACUCAGGACAGACACAGACUCGUGGAAGUUGGCGGGUGCCCUUUGGCAUGACACUCUGCCAGUGCCAGCACGUAGAGUUCAUGUAACUCACACAUCCCUGUGCUCAUGAAACUGUCCUAUCCACACACAGCCAAACGGCGGACCCUUUUGUACUUAUCCAUCAAAUGCUAAAUCUAAGCAAAACCCUUGGGUCAGUAAAUAAUGUAAUACCAAGGUACUAACUGAUUAUAUUGGUUCUUUAGUGUGAUUAUAUGCUUUUUAAAUUCAUAGCCAUUUGGCUGAGGAGAAAGCAUCCAUUUAAAACGUGGUGUAGCUAAGCGAGAAUUAAUACAGUA